AUGUCCCAAUUGGACGCGAACAAAAACAGACAGCAAAUAUUGGACACUUGGAAGGAUGUGGUGGAUGACAAGACGCCGACCAACUGGGCCGUCUAUGGCUACGAGGGUCCAACUAACGUACUAAAGUUUAUUAGCCAAGGAGAAGGGGGAAUCGAAGAAAUGAAAGAAGACUUGAAUAGCUCUAAAAUAAUGUAUGCAUUCUGUCGAGUGUUGGACCCAAAGACUAGCCUUUAUAAAUGUGUCUUAAUAAAUUGGCAAGGAGAAGGAGCGCCUAUUGUCAGAAAAGGAACUUGUGCUAAUCACAUUCGUGAUGUAUCUAACAUUUUAAAGGGGGCACAUGUUACCAUAAACGCACGUAAUGAUGAUGAGGUGGACACAGAUAUAAUACUAUCUAAAGUUUCUAAAUCAUCGGGGUCGGUUUACUCGUUUAAAGAGAGACUCGAUCAAUCGCAGCCACAAGAGAAAAUUGGUACUUCCUACAAAAGAAUUCAACCUAAUUUAGAAAUAAAUUCAUCGGAAAGGGAUAAGUUUUGGGCAGCUGAAGAAGAAAAAGAAAAAUUAAGACAAGAAGGAGAACGAAAGAAAAAAGAACUAGAGCAGAAAAAAAUAGAGGAUGAAAGACUAUUGCGAGAAGAUGCUGAUAGAAUAAGAAGAGAUUCAAUAAUAAACGAAGAAAUUCCGAAAACUGAACCAAAACCAACUGUUGUUGCUGAAGCAGAACCAGAAAAACCAGAAGAUGUUAAAAUUGAACCAGCAAAACCUGAAUUAGUCGCUGAAGAAAUUGCAAUUGAAGAUCAAAAUGGACAAACUAACGUCGAGGAUGAUUUAGGAAUUAAAGCUGAAGCAUUGUACGACUAUCAAGCAGCCGAUGAUACAGAAAUUUCAUUUGAUCCCGGUGACAUAAUUUGUCACAUUGAUAAGAUCGAUCAAGGCUGGUGGCAGGGUUUGAGCCCCGAUGGAACAUUCGGUCUAUUUCCAGCCAAUUAUGUUCAACUGCUUCCUUAA